AUGGAAAUUCAUGAUAAUAGUUUCGAUAAGCAAUAUGAAGAGGGAGGGACUAAAUCUAGCACACUUGGCACACUAUCAAAAUUGAAUGCAAGUAGGAGACGUAAAUCGUUACGUUGGAAACAUUGGAAGCAAUCGUUUGAAAAGAAACCACAAGCGGAUCGUAAUGAGUCAUUGUCUUAUAAGUUAUACCUACAACUAAAGUCAACAAUAUCUCCUCCCGAACAUAUCUGUGAUAAAAGAUGCUGUGAAUUUUGUUCCGAAUUUGGUGACGGGGCUCCAGAAUAUAGAGGAAGAUUAUUAAACCUCGAUAUCGAUAAAUGGGUACAUAUCAAUUGCGCUUUAUGGUCUUGCGAUGUUUACGAAACCUGCGAUGGAGCAUUACACAUGGUUCAAGAUGCCUAUGCUAAAGGCAAAAAAACGAACUGCUUCUUUUGUAAGAAACUGGGGGCUACGAUCAAAUGUCAUCAGCGUAAUUGUAAUCGAUAUUAUCACUUUUAUUGCGCUGUAGAAAGCAAAUGCCGAUUUUUUGCUGACAAAACUGUUUACUGUUCGAAGCAUUUAGAAUCUGCCUCUUGCGAGAUCGUUUUGGAAUCGUUUAAAAUUAGUAGAUUAGUAUUUAUCAAGCGUGACGAACUGAUGCAAAUAUCUAGAGUCUUGAAAGAUCAGGUUGACAAAGGAUAUAUCUUAAGAGUCGGUAGCUUAAUAUUUCAGUCUUUGGGCCAGUUAAUGCCUCGCCAUCUUAGUGGUUUCCAUAGUUCAACUGCAGUUUACCCGCCUGGAUACCAAGUUAAACGAAUAUUUUGGAGCCCAAAUGGUGAUAACACUAGAUGUUUUUACACCUGCAAGAUAACUGAAAGUUUUGGUGCCCCGAAAUUUAGCAUCAAUGUUGAACAUAAAGAUGAAUCGCAUCUAAUUGUCGAGAAAGAUUGUCCUAAAGAUGUGUGGCAGGAAUCACUAAAAUCAAUUAGGCAAUUACGGGAAAACAACAAGCGAAUAAAGUUGUUUGAUGAUUAUAUCACAGGAGAAGACUUAUUUGGUUUACUCGAUCCCUGGAUUCUUCGGCUGCUUGAAUCGCUACCUGGGAUUGACGGGAUGAAAAAUUAUAAAAUUCGUUAUGGUCGUUGUCCUUAUUUGGAAUUACCACUUGCAAUUAAUCCUUCUGGGUGUGCUCGAACUGAAUUAGUAGUAAGAAGUCGUUUUAAAAGGCGCCAUACGCUUUGUACUUCCACGGCAAUAUCAGCAAGAGCACCUGCUGGUGGCGUUUUUGAUACACAUCAAUCUUAUACUAAACUCUUUGUUCACUCCAAAACUGCCCAAUAUAGAAAGUUGAAAAGUGAAUGGAGGAGUAACAUAUACCUAGGCAGAUCUUUGAUACAGGGUCUUGGACUCUUUGCAAGGAAAAACAUUGAGAAGAAUACAAUGGUUAUCGAAUAUAUUGGUGCUAUGAUUAGAAAUGAAGUUGCAAAUAAGCGAGAAAGAAUCUACCAAAAAGCGAAUCAUGGCAUUUACAUGUUUCGUAUUGAUCCAGACUUUGUUGUUGACGCUACGGAAGAUGGAGGAUUAGCAAGGUAUAUUAAUCAUUCAUGUCAGCCAAAUUGUGUGGCAGAAGUAGUCACCUUUGAUAGUGAACCUCGAAUUAUUAUAAUAUCUAAUCGCAGAAUCGAUAAAGGGGAAGAGCUAACUUAUGAUUACAAGUUUGAAUACGAAGAUGAUCUAAACAAGAUUCCUUGCAUGUGUGGGGCACCAAAUUGUCGUGGUUGGAUGAAUUAA